AUGAGCAAUGUAAUUGAUUUUAUAGAAACAUCAACCAUAACGAGUAUUGAACGUCUAUUAAAUGAAAAAGCUGAAAUCAUCCAACAAUUAGAUGAUGCGAAUACAAAAUUAAUUUGUUACGAAGCUACUGAAAAACAAUUUAUCAAAGAACUUGCCAGAAGUCAAGCUGAGGUUUCAUAUACUCAAGAACAGCUGAUCGAGCUGUUUGAUUAUUCAAAGAGAGUACGAAAUAAAUUAAAAGAGAAACUAUGCACUGAUAGUCUACUUCGUCCAAUAUUUGAUAGAAUCAACAGUUUAAGAGAUCAUAUUUCUACACUGAAUCAGUUAUAUAAUACUUCGCUUACACAAUUGAAUAAUCAAUAUAACGAGAUAACUAAUAAACUUGAUUUAGUUACCUUGGAAAAAGAUUCAGCGAUUAAUAAGUUCAAUGAAUUAGAGUUAAAGUAUAAAGAAGAACGUAAUAAUUGGUCAGAAAAACAAGGGGAACAAUUGGGUGAUAUAUUAGUAUUAAAAACAAAAUUAAAAGAAGAAACUAAACGUUUAGGUACUUUACAUGAUGAGAAAAGACAAUUAAUAUUGAAUUUUGAACAAAGAAUAAAUGAUCUAAAAGAAGAAAAUCAAUCAUAUGCUCAUGAAAAUAUAAGUUUAAAAGAAAAAAUUUCAAGUUUAGCUGAACAAUUAGAUAAUCAGUUACAAAAACAUGAUCUUACUGAAAGAAACUAUAAAGAAAGAGAACAAUGUUUAGAGUUGACAUUAGAGAAAGAAUUCAAAUUAUCAUUGGAGAAAAAAGAACUGGAAUUGCAACAAAUUAAAGGUCAAACAAAUCGAAAAAUUGAACAACUGACAUCAGAACUUAAACAAAAAGAAAGAGAAAACAUUGUUUUGCAAGAAGAACAUCGCCGUAUUAUGGAAGCGAUGAAAGAGGAAAUUAACCAAUUGACUAAUAGCGUGAACAAUUCGGAUUCCGUUCGAGGAGAACUUGAAAAUCAAAUCCAAAAAUAUCAACAAGAAGUUAAACAACUUUACGCUACAGUUGAAAAAGAAUGUUGGGAGAGAGAUGAAUUAAACUCUGUAUUGGCUGAAACAAGGGAUCAGUUAAUGAAACUAAGUAAUUCCUCAAAGGAAUCUGAAUCAGAUCAGAGACAAUCUAAUUUGCAUGAAAACCAAGAAGAUAGCCAUUUAUUACCACCAAUAUCUUCAUCGUCGGUAAAGUCUGAACAGUUUACCAAACGUACUCUUCCAAAAAGUUCGAAGACUCCUAAUUCUAAUAAUGGUAUUGCAAGGCGUUCUUUCCAAAACUUUAAGUAA